GAAAAAUUAAUCCGCGCAAAGUAGUUUUGAUGGCAAAAAUAUUGUAUUUUAUCCUAUAGAAAUGACUGUGAUAGUCUGACAAAAAAAAUGGCAAUUAACAAAAAUAAAUAAUACUGCCAUAGAACCUGAUAACAGUUAACUGGCAAGAUGCUGGAUGCAAUUUGCAAACGAUGAAGAUUAUCAUUUUGGAAUAAUUCAAUUUAUUAAUUAAAUUGUAUCACCUCGUCAAACAAUAGUUAUUAAGUAUCUAAAAAAGUCAGUUCGCGGUAUGUAUAAUGGCUGAUCGGUGGGAAGGACGCCGUAAAUACAAGCGCACGAACAAUACUUUACAUUCAUUUAAAGCCAAUAAACACAGAAAUCAUGUAUGUAAAAACUUGAAAAAUAAAUUUGAAAAACUAGACUAUCAGCCUAACAAUAAAAAUGGCCCAUUCAGUAAUAAUGAUAGCCAGAAAUCAUAUAAAAAAGUGAAUACUAACAAUCACAAAGACAAGAACAAUUUAAGUGGAUCAUCUUGGUUAUUAAGAAAGAGUUUUACAGGAUGGUAUUCAAUUUUUGUACCAGAUGUUCAAGAUGGCAAUGGAAUUUUGAGACUUAUUCAAACUUACGUAAAGCCUAUUUCAUUUUUCCCUUAUAAAGCAGUCUUCAGAGAAAAUAGUUUAGAAUUUUUAGUCGAUGACUACAAUGUCGCAACAGCUUUAUAUUAUACUAACAAUAAAUUAUUACAGUCUGACAAUAAAAAAUUAGUAGUUAAAGUGGGUCCAUACACUCCUCCAAAACAGGCAAUAUCUUCGAUUCCAGUUUCUGAUGUCAUAAAAGAAAAGAUGAUGGAAGCUAUAUUAUUACGUUAUAAAUCUGAUACCAGAAGUUUAAAUUUGUCUAACUUCCACAAUUCUCAAGCAUUUAUAGUUAAUCAAUUAUUCGUUACACUAAAUGAACCAAGAUUUCUAAUAGAAGCACUUAAUAUGGCAUCAAAAAUAACCAAUGACUUGAAUACUUUGAGUCUUGAAAACAAUAAUAUAUAUUUGACUUCAGGACUUAUAUGGAUUCGUAGGAACUUUCCUGAUUUAAAAACAUUGAAUUUAAGUGGAAAUCAGUUAAAUGACAUAAACGUGUUACGUGAACUCAAUGGAUUCUCUAUAGAAGCAUUGGACUUGUCAAAAAAUCCAGUGUCUAACACCGAUGACAAAGACUACAGAGAAGAAAUUCAACAGUUGUUUCCAAAUCUCACAAAACUGGACAAUGUUGACUUGCCUGCUCGGUACAGUGGCAUUACAAAUGUUGUAUUAAAAAUGCCAUUCCAUCUAGGAAACAGCUAUGCAGUACCAGAGAAUUACAACCCAGAAAAACCUAACCCCAUUGCAAUUUUAGUCGAUUCAUUCAUAUCACAAUAUUUCGAACGAUACGAUAGUUCACAAUCUAAGCAACUAAUUGCUGAAGCUUACCAUGAAAACGCAACUUUUUCGAUGUCUUCAUAUCCUAUUUAUGAAAAGAAAAGUAUUCUGAAGUCAUAUUUGGCAGAGAGUCGAAAUUUGCUGAAAAUCGCCAAGAUGAACGCAGCCAACCAAGCAAGACCCACAGACAAAUCUAAGUUCAUCCAUAAAGGAAGAGGAAACAUUAUUCAAAUUUUAGAAAAAUUACCCAAAACUAAACAUGAUUUAGCAUCAUUUGUCGUUGACGUUCCAUUGGCUUAUACAGGGAUGGUUCAAAUAGUGGUCAAUGGUGCAUACGUAGAAGAAUAUGAGGAGAACAAAAAGUUAUUAGUGCAAUCAUUUUGCAGGUGUUUUUGCUUAAUGCAGUUAGAUGAUAAUAGUUGGAGUAUAGUGAGUGAUAUGCUUUUUGUAACAACAGCUAACACUGAACAGUAUUUUGAAACCUGCAAAAGCUUUAAUGUUCCGAAGGAUGAUCAUGAUCGUACGGAAGACAAGAAAGCUAUUUUUCUGUUACCAUUGUCAUCGUCAUCAGAUUAUCCACCUUUGUUAGUCGCACCUUGUGAUAACAGCCCUUACACAAAUGAUCAACUUGAGACGAUUAAACUUUUCGCUAAAGAAUCUGGCAUGAACGAGACGUUUUCUGGAAGAUGUUUAGCAGUAAAUAAUUGGAAUUAUAUGAAAGCUUCUUUAAGUUUUUCUGAACUCAAAACACGUGUACCGUCUAUAGCUUUUGAACAUUGAAUUCAUUUUAUAUGAACGACAACUGAUAUUUUUUAUUAAAUUUUUUUGUUUUCAAGAGCAUGAAGCAGUUUAAAAUAGACUUAACGUAGAAGGUAAAAGAAACAUAAAAUAAAAACAAAUUUCGUAUGAACAUAUUGUAAAUUACUUUUGAAUUAUUAUUGUUUGUAGUAAAACUAUUGUUGUAGAAAAUAAAAUUAUUGAUCUCUUUAUAUUUAUAUAGUUAUAGUUUGACUAAUUUUAGAUAAAUUAUUAUUUAUAUGUGAUGCUGAAAGUGUAAAGGGGACUCUUGUCGGCUGACCACAAUUUUUAAAGUAAACUUAGUUAAUUUUUUAGCUACAAAUAUGUACUAAGUCUCAAAUUGUUCAAAAAUCAAUCAAGGUUCAGAAAAUAGCAUUAACUAAAUUUUGGAAAAUGCUGACGAGAGGUUCCUUUUUGCUUUCCACAAUAUAUGUGUAGAACUAGUUUGACUAUGAAAAAUUGUCUGUUGGUGAUGAUUUAAGAAACUUGGAAAUACGACCCAACACCUUUUCGACCAGUAUACUUUUCUGCUAAAGCUGACAACAACCGAUUUUCAUAUCGGCCAUUUAAAUUUAAAUACUAAACCAAAAAUAAAAUGUUUGGGAACUAAUGAUUAAGGAAAAAUGUAUACAUGUAUAGUCAUGUAAAAAUCAAAAUUGAAUUUACUAAUUGGAAUUUGGAAAAAACGACUUAUAAAAUACUCAUUUUCAAAUAAACUAAUUUAUUUUUAAUGUCAAUUUUUAUUAUUUUAUGUUUAAAAAAUUAAUUAAAAUAUUAGCUGCAAAACUUUGUCAAGAAGGAAUAAUUAGGAAGUAUGUAGAAAGCUUUAGCGGAAGUUUAUUUAGAAUUGUUAGAUUGCUUUCUACCCAACUGUGUCACUUUAAAGCUAAAGCCCACAUUUAU